AUGCUCGCAACAACCCCCCGCCUCCACGUCCGGCGCCCCUCGCCAACAACAGCCGAAUUCACAGUAACAACCCGCCCACCACCAACCCUCGCGGUCCGCGUCCUCUCAGGCCUCCUCUUCACCCUCCGCAUCCUCCUCUUCUUCUCCUCGAUUCUCCUCCUCCAAGCAGCCCUGGCAGAAUCACCAUACGUCAUCUCCCUCCUCUCCGCAUCGACAAGAGCGAAACCCACCGUAACCGCAACUGCAAACGACGGCCCAGACGCCCUCUUCUCGAGCGCAACGCUCUGGCAGGUCCUCCUCUUCAUACGUACCUCGGCGCCAGGCCGCCUAGCGCACGCCGCGGCAGCAUCGCAUGCGAUACCGCUACCCGUCCUGGUCCCGGGGUGUCUGCUCGCGGCGUACGCGACGCUGAAGCGCACGCAUACCACUGAGAGUCUGCUCGUGCUGCGCGGGCUGGGGAUACAGACGAGUUCGACGAGUGGGAGUUAUCUGUCGGCUGCCGCGACGCGGUUCAUACCUACCGAGAAGAUUCAGGACGUGCUUGUGAAUGAAGCGUUCAGGGGCUUCGAGGUGCGGUACUAUUUGAUUGUCAUUGUCGAGGGGGAAGAGGAUAUCGUCGUCGUGUUCCCUAGGAUACUACCCAAGAAGAAGAUUGUCGAGACGGUGUGGAGAGGCGUAAGGGGGUGUCUGUGGGAAGCGGAUGGCGGUAGUAGUAAUAGGAAGAUGGAUGAUAGAUGGCAGAACGGGGUAUAA